AUGUAUUUGUACAUGGCGGUGUCGAAGAGCUCCGGCACCCUGCGGGACCUCCAGCUGGCUCUGCAGCUGAAGAUCGAGGAGCUCCGUCAGAGAGACGCUCUGAUCGACGAGCUGGAGCUGGAGCUCGACACCAAGGACGACCUGAUCCGGCAGCUACAGGUGGAGAUGGACCGGCACCGUAGCGCCUCGCAGCAGGCGGCCACCGCCGCCGCCGCCGCCGGGGAGUCGGCCAGCACGGGAGCCGCCGUCCAGCCGCCGGCUGCACCGGAUGAACCUCAGCGCAUGAAGAGACAGGCGAUCUCUGCAGAGCCCACAGCCCUGGACCCCUCACAGCUGACCGAUGUCACACUCAAGAGCUACUCCAAGACCAAAGAGUCCAAUGAGCUGAUCCAGAGGGCUCUAAUGGACAAUGACUUCAUGAAACACCUGGAACACGGGCAGAUCCUCACCAUCAUGGACUGCAUGCAUCCAACCAGCCUGACCAAAGGCUGCUGUGUGAUCCAGGAGGGAGACGACGGCUCCACGGUCUACGUUCUGGAGGAGGGAAUGGUGGAAGUGACGAAGCAAGGACAGAAGCUGUGCACCAUCGGCCAGGGAACAGUGUUCGGAGAACUGGCCAUCCUGUACAACUGCACUCGCACUGCGACUGUCACAGCUCUGACCGACAUCAAGCUGUGGGCCAUCGACCGGCAGGGUUUCCAGACCAUCAUGAUGAGGACUGGUCUCAUCAAGCACUCCCAGUACACAGACUUCCUGCGCAGCGUUCCCUCGUUUCAGGAGCUGCCCGAGGACGUUCUCAGCAAACUGGCCGAUGUUCUAGAGGAGACUCAUUACAGUGACUGUGAUUACAUCAUCCGUCAGGGAGCCACCGGAGACACCUUCUUCAUCAUCAGUGAAGGACAGGUGAAAGUCUCCCAGCAGAACUCACCCAGUGACGAGCCGCUGGUGGUGAAGACGCUCACUAAGGGAGACUGGUUUGGAGAGCAGGCUUUGAAAGGCGAGGACGUGCGCACGGCGAGCGUCACGGCGAUGGGAGACGUCACAUGUCUCGUUAUCGACAGAGAGUUGUUCAAACAGCUGAUCGGAGGACUCGAGGACGGCGACAACAAGGAGAGCGACAGCGACGAGUUUGAGUCCAGUGUGCAGGCGGAGGCAGACUUAUUUUCCAGAGUGUCACUGAAUGAUCUCAACAUCAUCUGCACUCUGGGGAUGGGAGGCUUCAGCCGGGUGGAGCUGGUGCAACUGAAGAACGACCCCAACCGCUCGUUCGCCCUGAAGGUUCUGAAGAAACGCCACGUCAUGGACACGAGUCAGCAGGGUCACAUCCUGUCAGAGCGCCGCAUCAUGAUGGAGGCCCACAGCCCCUUCAUCAUCAGGCUGUAUCGGACUUUCCGAGACUCUAAGUACCUCUACAUGCUGCUGGAGGCGUGUCUCGGGGGAGAGCUGUGGACGCUGCUGAGAGACCGGGGGUCGUUCGACGACGGCAUCACUCGCUUCUACACCGGCUGCGUCAUCGAGGCGCUGGCCUUCCUGCACUCCAGAGGGAUCAUCUACCGAGACCUGAAGCCCGAGAACAUCAUCCUGGACCACCGAGGAUACGCCAAGCUGGUGGACUUUGGCUUCGCCAAGAAAGUGGGUCUGGGGAAGAAGACGUGGACUUUCUGCGGGACUCCGGAGUACGUGGCCCCGGAGAUCAUCCUGAACAAGGGCCACGACAGCUCCGCCGACUGCUGGUCUCUGGGGAUCCUGGUCUUUGAGCUGCUCAGCGGCAGUCCUCCGUUCUCGGGCUCCGACCCCAUGAAGACCUACAACAUCAUCCUGAAGGGCAUCGACAUGAUCGAGUUUCCCAAGAAGAUCACCAAGAGUGCAGCGAACCUCAUCAAGCGUCUCUGCAGGGACAACCCUUCAGAGAGGCUGGGAAAUCAGAAGAAUGGAGCCAAGGACAUCCAGAAACACAAGUGGUUUGAAGGCUUCAACUGGGACGGCCUCCGCCAGGGAACCAUCGCUUCCCCGUUCACGCCCGCGGUGGACGGACCGCUUGACAACCGCAACUUUGACUACUUCCCUGAGGACGCCGAGGACCCGCCUCCUGAUGAAGAGUCCGGCUGGGACCUGGAGUUCUAGAAGGACCGGGUCACGGACCGGACGCCGAGGACCCGCCUCCUGAUGAAGAGUCCGGCUGGGACCUGGGAUUCUAGCAGGACCGGGUCAUGGACCGGAGGCUGAGCGGACGAAGAACACUGUGACUCUUAACCGAAAAUAGCUGUUUGCCUCUGGUGGAUGUUAAGAGUGUUACACAUGUUCAAUACCUCAAUCAGGAAGUCAUCAAUCUGAGUUAAAAAGUCAUGAUAUUAAGAGACAAUGUUAAGAAUUCAACAAUAAAGUCAGAAUAUUUAUAACAAUUAAGAUUAAAGUAAAAAUAAAAAUAAUUAUUUAUAGUCGUAAUAUUACAGAAAAAGGGUCAUAAAAUAUUAUGUAUAAAAAUCAUUAUAGUUGUAAAAUUGCAGGAAAAAAGAUCUGAACAUGUUAGAAAAUAACAUACUAUUUAAGGAAUAUAAAGUCCUAAUUUCUUGUGAAUACAGUUGGUAAUAUUGCAAAAAUAUAAUUAAUAUUUAGAAAAUAAAGAUUGAGGUCCUAUUAUCUCCAGGAUAAAGUCAUCACUUUGUAUAUCAUAAAAUGUAAAGAAUUAACCAGGCGUUUCCUUUUUUAACCACUUCAUAUUCUGAUUAAUUAAGUUUAAGAAAUGUAGAAAGUCAUAUCUUGAAAAAUAAACGUAUGACAACAAAGAACAUAAAACAUAAAGUUGUACUAUUUUGAAAAGAAGACUCAUAAUAUCGUAAGAAAGAAUAAUAAUGUAGUGACCUCCCGUCCUCAAUCAGGGUCUGACAAACACAGGACUUUCAUCCAGGAGGCCGCUGUACGUUUCUCAUGUAAAUGCUUGUUACGUUGUUACGUUGUUAUUUUGUUACAAUGUUAUUUUGUUACGUUGUUAUUUUGUUACGUUGUUUUUUUGUUGCGUUGCUACGUUGUUAUUUUGU